GUCAAAACAAGUAGUUUUGAUGUACCAUUGCGUGCGUCUUUUUUAUCGCAUCAGUCGAUCAAAACAGCAGCGAUAAGAUAGUGUGCCGUUCUCGAUUGAUCAUAGCUAGAUGAGCUCCAUCGUCAUUGCUUUGCUCUUUAGCGUUUUCGUUGCUGUGCAAUCGCGCACAUGUGGUAGUGGCUAUAGCUGUCCCGACUCAGCAACAUGCUGUCGACUGCCUGAUGGGAAAUGGGGUUGUUGUCCAAUGCCCGAAGCCGUAUGUUGCCAAGAUCACGUCCAUUGCUGCCCUAAAGGUUCCGAAUGUAUGGAUGCAAUGUGCAAGCAGAAAGAGGGCGAUGAUGUACCACCACAGAAAAAGACCAAAGCUCAGAAAACAAAUGACGAAGGAGAAAUUGUCUGCCCAGAUAGAAGAAGCAAGUGUCCGACAGGUGCCACGUGUUGUCUUCUUACGGAAGGAAGGUAUGGAUGUUGCCCGGUAGAGCAUGCCAAUUGUUGCGCAGACCAUCUUCAUUGUUGUCCAAGCGGCUACAAUUGUGAUGCAUCCGGUCAAAGGUGCAUCCAAGCUGAGGGUUACAAUGUGAUUGGUUCCUACAGUAAGUUUCACUCCACUCCCAUUCGAGAAAAGUCAGGAGUCCGUAUGGGCGAAGCUGAUGAGAACGAAAUUGACGAGCAACUGCAGCCGAUAGCUUGCGGAUACAGAAGGACAUGUCCUGCAUUCAGUACAUGUUGUAUGGUCCCUCAUGGAAAGCAUGUAAAACAUAUGUGUUGCCCAAUGAAAGAUGGUGUUUGCUGUGAACAUGCAUGCUGUCCACCAGGGUAUCAUUGCCGUCCGCAUGGAAAAUGCGAAAAACACGCUGCACAAGAUGGGAUAUUCGACUUUUUCGGAUUCUAAGGAGACUUUGUGAUGUUAUUAUCAUUUAUGUUUCAUAUAGUUUUAUGUACUUUAUUUGUCAUUUUCAAACAAUAAAAUUUCUUUAUUACCC